AUGCAUCCUCGUAAUCCGUAUAACGUCCCUCCCGACUUCCAUGAGCUAGCUCAAGCAUAUCCGCCGCUACAGAGACAUUUGUUGCAGACUGCUUCUGGCGUCACCAUCGACUUCCAUGACGAGCUAGCUCAAAGAACACUGACGAAGGCAUUGCUCCAUCGUGACUUCAACCUGGACUUAACCGUACCAGGAGACCGGUUGUGCCCUCCGGUGCCAAAUCGCCUCAAUUACAUUCUUUGGCUACAAGACAUCAUCCAGGCGACGAGCCAUCCAGAGGAUGACCCCAUAAUUGGGAUAGACAUAGGUACGGGAGCCUCCGCCAUUUAUCCAGCGCUCUUCUGUCGCGUGGUACCGGAUUCCGCAUUUGUCGCCACAGAACUCGAUGAACGGUCCUUCUUGAGCUCACAAGAGAACGUCACCCGCAAUUGUCUCUCACAGAGGGUGCAAAUAUUCCGUGCAACCGCAGACGGUCCCAUCUUAUUUCCUUUAGUCAGUACUGAAAUCAGAUUCACAUUUACAAUGUGCAACCCUCCGUUCUACAGCAGCGCAGAAGAUAUAGCUCAAUCUGCCGAGAGCAAAGCGUUCCCACCCAGCGCAGUUUGCACUGGUUCCGAGGUAGAAAUGAUCACUGAUGGAGGAGAGGUCGCCUUCGUAUGCAAGAUGGUGCGAGAAAGUCUUGUCCAUCGUGAACGCUGCCAAUGGUACACCUCGAUGCUAGGCAAACUUUCCUCGGUUACAGAUGUUGUAAAACUCCUUCGAGAACAUGAUAUCGAUAAUUACGGUAUCACAGAGUUUGUACAAGGACAAACGCGCCGUUGGGCGAUAGGCUGGUCCUUUGGGGACCGCCGUCUUCCCGACGCAAUCGGGCGGAUAACUACGCCUACACUCCGACAUGCCAUGCCGUCACGAACAUCACUGCGCGAGCCCCUUCCGACCAAACCUCGAGUACAGUCAUUACGCGCCCUCGUCGACUCCAUACCUGGAGCAUCAGUCAUUGAGGUUAUGUCAGAUCCACUGGCUUUGGUCUGUCACCUUUCCGCCAAUACGUGGACGCGCGCAGCUAGGCGCAAACAGGGCGCGGCGCCCAGAAUCAGUGCCGAGCGCCCAUUACUGGUCGUGCAGUGCCGCGUUCGAGAGCUUCAGCAGCCAUGUGAUGGUCGGGAAUUCGGAUGCCGGAAUAUGUGGUUAUUUCAGACCUACAAGCGCAUACUGUCUUGA